AUGAAUCCAAGGCAGCUGUUCCUGGCGUCCCUCGGCUGCCUGCUGUUGAUGGCACUGCCGUCUCAGCAGCAGGGUCUGCUGGGUCUCAUGGCCACGGCAGCCAUCAUGCGCCGCUUCCGAGGGGGCAACGGGGGAUCUGAAGGAGGACAGAACAACGCCCAGCAGUCCAUGGCGCACGGAGACCACGCCGGGCCCUACGGGCUCGCUUCCCAAGCCAUUCCGUUCUACGCGGGUGCGGGCUAUCCGGGCGCCUACGGUGGCGCUCUUGGAGGACCCACGGCGCUGCAUCCGGGCGUCGGUGCUUACGGAGGAUUCGGAGCACCAGGGUUCGGCGCUGGCGCCGUCGGAGCACACGGAGGAUACCCCGGGGGCAGCGCAGGCUUCGUACCGGGAGCCCCCAGUUUCGGCGCUGGCGCCCCAGGGUUCGGCACCGGUACACCGAGCUUCGGCGCAGGAGGCGCAGGGUUCGGAGGAGCCGCGGCUGGAACCGCGGGAUUCGCUCCGGGAGGUUUCGGAGGACUGCCGGGAGCCGGCGGUGUUCCUUUCACGGGCUGA